CCACCCACAGGAAGCUUCCCAUGCCCUCUGUCACAUCAGGUCAGCUCUGUGAGCCAUCAGAAUUCAGCUCUGUUUCGUGUGGAGUGACGGUUACUGCUGGCUUGUGCUCUUCUGCCAUGAUCUCUGCACAGCAGCCACCAUUUCCCAACAAAAUCCAAAGAAAAAUGGACUGCCAGUCUGAGGAAGAAACCUGUGAAGAGCAGUGUGACUCUGAAAACGGCACUUGCAGCUCCGAGCAUGCAGAAUCUGACACAGGCUCACCAGUAACUCUUAAAAUACUGCAGAACUGGGUUCCUAGAGUUUCACACUAUUUUGAUAAGGAGCACUAUACGUACGUUGGCCACCAGAUUGUCAUUCAGGAGUCCAUAGAACACUUUGGAGCUGUGGUAUGGCCAGGGGCACUGGCUUUAUCUCAAUAUCUGGAAUCAAAUCAAGAACAAUUCAACCUCAAAGACAAAAAGGUUUUGGAAAUUGGUGCUGGAACAGGCUUGCUUUCCAUUGUGGCCUGCAUCUUAGGAGCUCAUGUUACAGCUACUGAUUUGCCUGAAGUUCUUGAAAAUCUCUCAUAUAAUAUUUCAAGAAACACACAGAAGUUGAAUAUGCACAAACCUGAAGUGAGAAAACUGGUAUGGGGAGAAGGCCUCAAUGAAGACUUUCCUGUAUCAACUUACCAUUAUGAUUUCAUACUGGCAACUGAUGUCGUGUACCAUCACGGAGCUCUGGACCCCCUGCUAGCAACAAUGGUGUACUUUUGUAAGCCAGGAACAGUAUUACUAUGGGCAAAUAAAUUCAGAUUUAGUACAGACUAUGAAUUUUUGGAAAAAGUUUGCAAUAUAUUUAACACAACCAUUCUAGCAGAAUUUCCAGAAUCAAAUGUCAAGCUGCUUAAAGCCACAGUAAGAAAUAAUUAA